AUGACAAUUGAAGGAAGCGCAGUCACCUACACCGAAUAUGGUGCCGAUAUCCCCAAAUUACUCCACACCACUAAUUUCAAAAUCAACCCUGAGGAUAUCAAACCAACGCAAGUCGUCAUCCAAGCAUUGGCAACUCCAUUGAACCCCGCCGACUUGAUGCAACUUCGUGGCGGUUACAACGCUAGUCCUGAAAUUCAAUUGGGCACUGAACCAAAUGGUCCUUUACACGUUGGUGGUAACGAAGGUGUUUAUAAAGUAAUUGCACCUGGAUCUGAAGCCUCAUCUGACUUCAAAAAGGGUGAUUUGGUUAUUCCCAAGUUGCCUUCAUUUGGUACUUGGAGAAAUUAUGCCAUUGCUGACGCCAAUAACUUGAUCAAUGUUGAUGGCUUAUCAGUCGAACAAGCAGCCACCAUAUCCAUCAACCCAGCAACCGCUUAUCAGUUGUUAAACCAUUUUGUUACUGAUUGGCAAAAAGGCGAUUAUGUGAUUCAAAACUCAGGAACUUCACAAGUUUCCAAAUACGUGACCCAAAUUGCCAAAUUAUACGGUGUUAAAACCAUCUCUAUUGUCCGUGAUGGCAAACCACAAGAGGAGAUUGAUGAAUUGGAGAAAUUUGGCGCUGAACAUGUCAUCCUGCAUCAAGAGUUUAAUAAUGACGAUUUCGAUAUUGAGAAAUACACCAAGGGAGCCAAUGUUCGUUUAGCCCUUAACGGGUCUUGUGACUCAACCGUGGCUAAUUUAGUCAAGAGUUUAUCUAAAAACGGUCAAUUGAUCAGUUAUGGCUUUUUAGGAGGCGCUGAAAUUAAAUAUAGUGCUCAACAACAAUUUGCCAAGAAUUUAGUCACGAGAAGAUUUUGGUUAACGGCAAAUACCGUUGCUGACCCACAGGGUAAAGUUGAUACCAUUAAACAUUUGAUCGAAUUGUACAAGACGGGUAAGAUUGAAGACGUUCCUUAUAAUAAGUUGCAUUUUAAACCUGGUGGUGAAGAAUUGUCCAAGGUAUUGUUGAAAGGGUUGUCAAAUUUCAAAGAGGGUAAAGGUAAACAAGUUUUAUUCUAUAAUGAAUAA